AUGAAAGAAGAUCCCCACCGAGAUGAAGUGCUUAUCAACAAAUUCAAAAAGCAAUGCAACCCUCUUCCUUUGAAAAAAGGUGGACCUGACAAACUCACGAAACUUUACGAUUACUUCGUAGAUACUCGAAUUAAUAUGCAGAAGAAUUGGUGGAAGGAUGGAAGUAGUACCCGCAUAUUCAAAGUCGACAUAUACUAUAAGAACUAUGAACAAGCAGCAAAUGCAAUGUUCAAUCACAUCAACGAGAAAGAAGACGCUUGCCAGCUCUUCCUGACGAACAGCAACUACAGAUGCGCCAGAUUCUACAACCGUCUUCUGUGGGGCAGCUACGACGACCUCUACUGCGGGUUCUUCAAGUAG